GUCCUGGGGACCGGAAGUUGAGGUGAUCGCGGCGGUUAGCGAGCGCCUGCAGCCCCAGGAUGAACUUGUGUCCAUCCCAGAGGUCACCGCAGGAGUCGUGAGGUGCCCUGUGCGUCACCAGCCUGACCCAUGCCGCAGGCCAUUUGCUCUGCCAACACCUGUGUCGACCCUGUAGCACCACUGAAGAGGAGAUUAGCUCUUAUAGAAGAAAGUGCUGCCUUGCAGGCACGGGCCUCUCACUGCAGGAAGUGGGGAAUGUCCGAGAAUAUUUGGUCCAGGGGCUCAGAACUGAGGCCAGUUUUGUGACAGCCCUGGGAUUGGCCACGGCAUGCCGCCUCCCAGAACAAGGGAGGGCAGGGGUCCCCGGGACCGACCCCGGGCUCCCAGUCCUGAAGCGGCCCCGGAGACAUGGGACUGGAACCGUCCCGAGACACGGUGCCUCUUCGAGGAUGCCUUCUUCGGCGAUGAGGAUUAUAUCCAGCAGGGUUCCGAGGAGUGUCAGAAGUUUUGGACGUUCUUUGAACGCUUGCAGAGGUUCCAGAAUCUCAAGACCACCAGGAAGGAGGAGAAGAAUGCCAGGCAACCCAAGCACAGCCACCCAGCACUGGCUGACCUGCCUCGCACCUACGACCCUCGAGACCGCAUCAACCUCUCCGUCCUCCGCCCGGCCCCUCGGGACUCUCGGGGGCUGGGCAGGCGCCUGCCCCCGGAGAGAGUGUCCGAGUUCCGCCGAGCCCUGUCGCACUACCUGGACUUCUGCCAGAAGCAGGCGUUUGGGCGACUGGCCAAACUGCAGCGGGAGCGGGCGGCGCUGCCCAUUGCCCAGUACGGGCACCGCAUCCUGCAGAUGCUGAAGGAGCACCAGGUGGUGGUGGUGGCGGGGGACACAGGCUGCGGCAAGUCCACCCAGGUGCCCCAGUACCUGCUUGCCGCCGGCUGCAGCCACGUGGCCUGCACCCAGCCCCGGCGAAUCGCCUGCAUCUCGCUGGCCAAGCGCGUUGGCUUCGAGAGCCUCAGUCAGUACGGCUCGCAGGUUGGCUACCAGAUCCGUUUCGAGAGCACGCGCUCGGCGGCCACGAAGAUCGUGUUCCUGACGGUGGGGCUGCUCCUCCGGCAGAUGCAGCGGGAGCCCAGCCUGCCCCAGUACCAGGUGCUGAUCGUGGACGAGGUGCACGAGCGGCACCUCCACAACGACUUCCUCCUGGGGGUCCUCCGGCGCCUGCUGCCCCAGCGGCCCGACCUCAAGGUCGUCCUCAUGUCGGCCACCAUCAACAUCUCGCUCUUCUCCAGCUACUUCGGCAACGCCCCCGUGGUGCAGGUGCCGGGCCGGCUCUUCCCCAUCACGGUCGUGUACCAGCCGCAGGAGGCCGAGCCGACCACGUCCAAGUCCGAGAAGCUGGACCCGAGACCCUUCCUCAGGGUGCUGGAGGCCAUCGACAAUAAGUACCCACCCGAGGAGCGGGGCGACCUCCUGGUGUUCCUCAGCGGCAUGGCGGAGAUCAGCGCUGUGCUCGAGCCCGCCCAGACCUAUGCCAGCCACACCCAGCGCUGGGUGGUGCUGCCGCUGCACAGCGCCCUCUCUGUGGCCGACCAGGACAAGGUAUUCGACAUGGCCCCCCCUGGAGUCCGGAAAUGCAUCCUCUCCACCAACAUCGCUGAGACCUCGGUCACCAUUGAUGGGAUCCGCUUUGUGGUGGAUUCUGGGAAGGUGAAGGAGAUGAGCUACGACCCACAGGCCAAACUGCAGCGGCUGCAGGAGUUCUGGAUCAGUCAGGCCAGUGCUGAGCAGCGUAAGGGCCGGGCGGGCCGCACGGGCCCCGGCGUCUGCUUCCGCCUCUAUGCUGAAUCGGACUAUGAUGCCUUCGCCCCCUACCCUGUCCCGGAGAUUCGGAGGGUCGCCUUGGAUGCAUUGGUGCUUCAGAUGAAGAGCAUGAGUGUGGGGGACCCCCGAACCUUCCCGUUCAUCGAGCCCCCACCACCAACCAGCUUGGAGACGGCCAUCCUCUACCUCCGGGACCAGGGGGCGCUGGACAGCUCAGAGGCCCUCACCCCCAUCGGGUCCCUGCUGGCGCAGCUGCCAGUGGACGUCGUGAUUGGAAAGAUGCUGAUCCUGGGCUCCAUGUUCCACCUGGCUGAGCCCGUGCUCACCAUCGCCGCCGCCCUCAGUGUCCAGACGCCCUUCACCCGCAGUGCCCAGAGCAACCCCGAGUGUGCGGCGGCGCGGCGGCCCCUGGAGAGUGACCAGGGCGACCCCUUCACGCUCUUCAACGUCUUCAACACCUGGGUGCAGGUGAAAUCUGAACGGGGCAGAAACUCACGCAAGUGGUGCCGCCACCGGGGCAUCGAGGAGCACCGGCUGUACGAGAUGGCCAACCUGCGGCGCCAGUUCAAGGAGCUGUUGGAGGACCACGGGCUGCUGGCCGGGGCCCGGGCCCCGCAGCCGGGGGACAGCUAUAGUCGGCUGCAGCAGCGGCGGGAGCGCCAGGCGCUCUACCAGCUGAAGCGCCGGCACGAGGAGGGUGCGGGGCGCAAGCGAAAAGUGCUGCGAGUCCAGGACAACCAGGACGGCUGGUCCAGCGACGAGGACCGGGGUGACUCAGCCUCCCAGGGGGCCAGCGACAGCGUGGACAUCCAGGAUGUGAAGUUUAAGCUCCGGCACAAUCUGGAGCAGCUGCAGGCGGCCGCUAGCUCGGCCCAGGCCCUGACUCGGGACCAGAUGGCCCUGCUCAAGCUAGUGCUCGGCCGGGGCCUCUACCCGCAGCUCGCCGUCCCUGACCCGUUCAACAGCGGCCGCAAGGACUCAGACCAGAUCUUCCACACCCAGACCAAGCAGGGCGUCAUGCUGCACCCCACCUGCGUCUUCGCCAACAGCCCCGAGGUGCUGCACACGCAGGAGCAAGCCGCCAAGGGCAGCGAUGGGAGCCGAGAUGACAGGGACAAGAUGAGCAGCAAGCACCAGCUUGUCACCUUCGUCUCCCUCCUGGAGACCAACAAACCGUACCUGGUGAACUGUGUCCGCGUCCCCGCUCUACAGUCUCUCCUGCUGUUCAGCCGAUCCCUGGACACCAAUGGUGACUGCUCCCGCCUGGUGGCUGAUGGCUGGCUGGAGCUCCAGCUCGCAGACACUGAGAGUGCUGUCCGGCUCCUGGCGGCUUCCCUGCGGCUCCGGGCCCAUUGGGAAAGUGCCCUGGACCGGCAGCUGGCCCACCAGGCCCGGCGGCGGCUGGAGGACGAAGGGGAGGAGGAAGAGGAGGAAGCCCCUGUCAACCACAAGGAGGUGGUGGCCCUGAGCAGGGAGCUGCUGCAGUUCAUGGCAUCCAAGGUUUCCUACAGCCUCCGGCGGCUCACAGGGCUGGAAGCCCAGAACCUCUACGUGGGACCCCAGACCAUCACGGCUGCCCCCAGUCUCCCUGGCCUCUUUGGCAACUCUGCCCUGUCCCCCCACCCCACCAAAGGGGGCUACGCAGUCACUGACUUCCUUACCUACAACUGCCUCACGAGCGACGCGGACCUGUACAGCGACUGUCUCCGCACUUUCUGGACCUGCCCGCACUGCAGCCUGCACAUGCCCCUGACGCCCCUGGAGCGCAUCGCCCAUGAGAACACCUGCCCCGAGGCCCCACAGGACGGCCCCCCAGGGGCUGAGGAAGCUGCCCCCGAACCCCCCCAGAAGGCAUCUGCCCUGCAGAAGCCCUACCACUGCGAGGCCUGCCAGAAGGACUUCCUGUUCACGCCCACGGAAAUCCUGCGGCACCGGAGGCAGCACGUGUGAACCCAGCCCAUCCCGGGCCAGGGCCAAGGCCAGACUGCUGCCCUCGCUCCCAGCCUAGGCUCGGAACUGUGGUCUGAGCCCAGCCCCGAGGUGGAGGGAGCAUAAAUACGUGAAUAAACUCUCACAGAUGGACUCGGGUCUGUAAGCCUGCCCAUCCAUAAAGUGCGCUUCCCAGGUGGCGCAGUGGUAAAGAACCCGCCUGCCAAUGCAAGAGACGCAGGAGAAGCAGGUUGGAUCCCUGGGUCAGGAAGAUCCCCUGGAGAAGGAAAUGGCAACCCUCUCCAGUAUAUUUGCUGGAGAAUCCCCAUGGACAGAGGAGGCUGCCAGGCUGUGGUCCGUGGGGUCGCAUAGACGUGACUGAGCACGUGUGUACACACAUCCAGAAAUCACAACCGUCUCUGCUGGUCCUCCCCGUGGCCUGACUCUUAUCCCUCCUGUUGCAGCAGCCGCCUGAUGUGUCCUGGGGUAGAUCCCGGGAGUUGAGGCUGAACAGGGACCUCAGACUCCAGGUCCAGGGUCUGAGGCGACUGCUCUCUCUGAGUCUGUCUCACGGCCUCUGCUUUCCCUCGAACUCAGAGACCCCGGCCUGGCCCAUUCACGUGUGUGGCUUUAGGAGCUGGGUGGGGUGGGGUCAGUGCUCUGCGGCCCAUGGGCUGCCUGGUCACGGGGUCCAUUCUGCUGUGCUGUCCGUGGGCAGGUCUCAGCCAUCCCCUCGGGACUCCUCGACCAUGUCUCCCCGACGGAUGUGAAAGGAGAGGGAAUGCUGUAAACAACGAUGGAAGUAAAUUCUGCAACUCAGGUUUGAAAUCUGGGUGAGGCAGGAUGGAUGUGGUCAAGACAGAGACCAUCGUGGGGUAGAGGAAAGAACGAGACCCAGCAAGAAGGAAACAGAGACACAAACUACCUGAGCCCAAGAAGAAAUAGAUAAACGGCACAAUGCUGUGUAUCUGUUGGGUUGGCAAAGAAAUUCAUUUGGGUUUUUCAUAGCAGCCUACGGAAAAACUCGAAUGAACUUUUUGGCCAACUUAAUACUAAGGCAAUUUAAUUCGUAGUUAGAGACGCAGAGGACAGGCUUGGAUGGGUUUACUGGUGACCUCCAGCAGACGGGGACUGAAGGCAUGACACUCAACAGCGGCUCAUUCACAGUGUGGAAGAGGACGCCUCUGGGCCAGCACUGCCCUGAUGCCAGAACCAGACCCAGAACCCCUUCCUCGAGGUUACAAUUCACAGUCAGCCACAGAUAAAGAACAGUAGUACAUCGUGGCCAGGUGGCAUUUACUCUAGUGAAACAAAGUCGAUUCAACAUUUGAAAGUCAAUUAAUGUGAUUCACCCUAUUAAAAACAGAAAAGGCAUUUGACAGAUUUCAAUACCUUGUGGCCUUGGA